AUCGUCUUCUCUUCUGUGUCCCCCCCCGCCCCCCGGCUGCCUCUCUCUCUCUCUCUCUCUCCUCUCUCUCGUUCUAGGGUUUCCUCGGUCUCCGAUUUGCUGAAGGAAUUUAGGGUUCUUCUUCGAUCCUUUUCUCGAUUUGUUCCCUCUGAAACCUUUUUGAUCGAUUGGUGUCUCUGAGAGUAGUCGAUUCGUCUUCCGACUACCCCGGUCUUCCAUCGAUCACACAUAUUAAGAAAAGCCCACAUUUUUCUUCUCCUCAAUUUCUUGUGAGUUUAUCCCAUGCUCUAAAGCGGUUUUGUUGGUGUGUUUCUCCAAAAUUUACAAGGCUGGGGAGGAUUCGAGCGCGCGAGAGAGAUCUGGGGAUGAGCGGAAACCCUAACCCAGCCGCCGACGCGAAGCCGGCGGGCGCCGGUCGAUUCCGGGGCCUCGGCAUGCACCAUUUGGCGGAUGAACACCAUGUCCUGCCCUCCGUGAUUCUUCCGGCUCAGAUCGACGACCCCAGCGCUGUCGGCCGUAGCGGUGAGUUGAUUGCGGCUGCCGACGCUCAGACCUUGCAGCAGUACCACGAAGCGGAUCACAGCAGCGGCAGCCAUGGCAUGGAGGAGGAUGGGGUUGGGGCCGUGGAGAACGAGGGAAUGGAGACGGAAGAGCCGGCUGAUCCGAGUCAUCUCGGUGAUGCCCAAGGUCUGAUCGCGCCGCAAGUGGGCGGUAACCAGCUGACGCUCUCUUUCCAGGGAGAAGUCUUCGUUUUUGAUUCCGUAUCCCCAGAAAAGGUUCAAGCUGUGCUUUUGUUGCUAGGAGGUCGGGAGAUGCAGACUAGCUUGAAUCCUUUUCCAUCAUCUUCUCUGCAGAACAAGCGCAUGAAUGUUCCACAUAGAGUUGCAUCCUUGAUGCGGUUCCGGGAGAAGCGGAAAGAGCGGAAUUUUGAAAAGAAAAUACGUUACACUGUUCGCAAAGAGGUCGCGCUGAGGAUGCAACGAAAUAGGGGUCAAUUUACAUCAUCUAAAUCGAAGACUGAAGAUUCCACAGGUGGUGCUACCACUUCUGAUGCUAACCAAAAUUGGGGUUCUCCAGAGAAUAAGAUCCCAGCGGCAUCUGCAUGUCACCACUGUGGCAUCAAUGCAAAGUCUACGCCGAUGAUGCGCCGUGGGCCUGAUGGACCGAGGACUUUAUGUAAUGCAUGUGGACUUGUGUGGGCAAACAAGGGAAUAAUGAGGGAUCUAUCGAAAAAUCCAUCUCCAGCUAUUCUCAAUGCUUCGCCAGAACCAAAAGAAGGGCAGAACAACUCUGCCGAAGCUGCCAUCGCCCAGUCGAUCGCUGUGGCAGCCAAUGGUCAUGACACAUCAUGAGAGGUGCUGUGCCAUCAGAACCAAAGCCUCCAGUGAAGAAGAGAUGGCUGGUUGAACAGGGGAAUUAAUCCUCCUUGGCCCUUCCAGAUUGUGUAAUGUUAUUUAACAUGUACCAUAUUCUGAGAGUUAAUAUUAGGAUCUUUCUGGUUCCUUGUUGGUAUUAAUACUAAGGCAACCUUGUUACAGUUAAAUGUUAAUUUGUGGGUGAUUCAUCUUGCAAAAUAUCACUGUGAUCUUUUCUUUUUCGUUCA